AUGGCGGAGGACCAGGAGGAGGACGCGCCCAUGCAAGACGCGCAGGAUCCUGAGGAGGAGCUUCCGGAGCUCUCCCUCGACAUCAUCGACCUCAUCAAGACGGCGCAGGCGCAGCACGGCCUCCGGCACGGCGACUACGGCCGGUACCGCUCGUACUGCUCGCGCCGGCUGCACCGGCUGCGUCGCGUGACGGGGUGCACGCACGGCAAGGGGCGGUACGUGAAGCGGCCGCUCGAGCCGGAGAGCGUGCGCGACGCGCGCCAGCUCAUGCUGCCGCUCUUUUGCGCCGAGCGCGCGUGGGC